AUGCAGGACGCUUAUUUGAUGCCAGCCAGUCCGGCACCCCGUCAGACUGACUACCGUCCGACCAUCAAGAAGUCUCGCGGCCAUGUCCCCGCCUGUCUGGUAAACGCCUCGGUGACGUAUUGCAGCAAUGAUCGAAUCUAUGCCUUCGGUGGAUUUGAUCAAUACACCGAUGAAGUCUACAACCAUGUCCUAAAGCUGGACUUGGAGACCCUCGAGUGGGAGCUCGUGGACAAUUAUGGCGAUAUCCCCGGAGUGCGCAUGGGCCACACUGCAUCUUUGUACCAAGGCGACAAAUUGAUAGUAUUUGGAGGAGAAAACGAACAUCGCGAGUAUCUCGCUGACGUUGUGAUCCUCGAUUUGAAUACCUUCACCUGGUCAAUACCUGAAAUCCGCGGUCCCACUCCGCGCGGCAGGGCAAGACAUGCUGCCAUCAUACACGAGGAAAAGCUGUUCAUAGCAGGCGGACUAACUGGCGAGAAGAACCUUAUCCUGGACGACUUGACUUAUCUGGAUCUCCAAACCUGGACCUGGUCUCGAACCUGGAGCUUUACAGCCCGCUUCGAUCAUAUCGCUUGGGUUUGGGGCACGCGACUCUGGAUAUUCGGUGGAUUGGGACCUGAUAUGGAGCGAACAACCGAUAUUUGGUGGCUCGACCUCAAAGGAUCCCCAUCGCUGGCCGGAAACACCAAUCUCCAAGGUAGUCUCAAUUCCCUGGACUUUCAUCUUCCGACUGCUCAUCAUCCAGACUCCAUUCCAAACAGUCCUUCACAUCAGAUGUCUCCGCGAUCUUAUGCUGCGAACUCAGGCAGUGUGCAGGUUCGCAACCUGGGCCGACGUAAGCCUGUUGCUCCCGGUGCUAUCUCAUGUGUUCGGUUUAACUCUGGCCCCCAUGUUCCCUCCCUCUUCUCAGGAACUCACUUCCAAUCCUUUGUAUCUGGCGUUUUGCUCGAUUUAAUCACACCGUCGGAGACCGUCCGGUCGCAUGACUGCAACCUAUCCGCUUUGGAGCUCAACACACUGCGAUGGCAACGAGUGGCUGAUGGUCAGGAGAUUUUUCGGCCCGGAUAUCGAUGGCACUACUGCACGGUCAACGAGGCGGGAACCAAGGCAUGGCUGCUAGGAUGUAGUAUUGAGGGCGUGCCGGGGAGUAGUGAUGAGAACCAGAUGAGUGAAGUCCUAACCAUUGACCUUGAGAAGUAUGGCUUGUUAGGCAACGGGUUGUCGGCGGAUGCUCCCGAGCAAGAUGCAACUUGGCCCUCUGAUCCAAUGGGCUCUCAAGUGUCCGGACUUGGGACCGAUCUCGCCGCCGUCUUCGACCAUCCCCCUGAGUCAGGCAGUGGUACUGAUUUUGCUAUCACUGCAAUCCGCGACGAUUGGGAUUGCUCGAACUCGGAUGACAUGGGCAACGAGCCGAUUGACUCACCAACUCAAGCCGCACCAACCUUUGUGGAAGUUGAUCCAUCGACAUCAGACCCCAUCCAUGUACAUCGACUGUUUCUACAACUUCGGUGGCCACAUUUCAAGCGGCUGUACUCUGCGCAGAUGGCCGAGUACCACACCAAGCGAAUGCAUAUACCAGAACCCUACUCGGUUGUACGCGCAUUUCUCUACUAUUUGUACACAGACAGUAUUGCAGGUCAUCCAGACUACCCAUCCAGUCCCAUCGACGUGGCGGGUAUGCUUGUUAUGGCAAACCUUUACGAUAUGCCUAAGCUGCGCCUGCUCUGUGUGAACCGAUUGAGCCGCGAGCUUGAUGUGCACAAUGCAGCUAUUGUUUGGGAGCGUGCCGGGCGGACCAAUGAGCACUGGCUGAAACGCCGAGCUGAGCAGUUCUGUCAGAUCUACUGGGGUCGUGUUGUACGAACGGACGGUUUUAAAUCUCUCACCCACCGCAGUCUGAUUGAGCUGUGUGAGGUAGUGGACACGGAUGCUAGUAUCAUCGCAGGGUCUGAGCUAGAAAUGGUGAGCGCGUUUGGGGCGCAUGACGAUUCCAAGAACUCACGGUUACGGCUUGGUUCGACAGCCGAUGAGUCUGAGAUGGACGGAGACGACGAAGGAAUGGAGAUAUUAUGA